AACCUCGUAUACUAUUGGAGAUUGGAUUUUGAACAAUCGAACGAUCACUGGCCUAGCUUCCGGGACAUUAACACUUAUCGCUACUGGAUGCCCCUCCUAAGUCGGGUACUGCGCCCGGCAACCAAGCGCAAGUCGCCUAUCCGAAAACAGGGGCCUUCAUCGACCUAUUUAUUAUCACCUUUUAUGUCCCCAAAGGCGUCUACAUUGCAUACCUAUUCAGAUGUUUCUGCUACUCGCUCGCGGAGAUCAAUUGGACAUUGUGUUCCCAGUAGUUGCCAUCACUUGAAUCAAGAAUUGAUGUUACAUCUUCGACUAUCUCGCCUUUCCCGAACACCACAAUCACACUUUCAAAAAACACACAUUGCAACAUUCUCAGACCUCUAUCCUAUUUUUCGAUUAAUACUUGAAUCAAGAAGUCAUGUUGAUCAACAAUCAUAUCAACUACGCUCCAAAGGAUCAGGCGCGACUUGUUUAUUGCAAAGUAACAACAAUCUCCGUGUAAAAGCCUGUAGGAGAUCUUCAACAACCUUUACUCUGCCCAAAAAUAGCUGCCAACUAAUAUCAGGACGAAUCUACUCCAGGGAACGCAAUAUAUCAUCUCACACGCAUACCUCACAUUCAUUACCACUUCCCUCUUCCGCAACCUCAAUACAAUACGACUCAUCAUUUCGAAAAGAAACACGAUCAAUAAUACAGUCUGGUCGUAAUCGGUCGUAUACACCAUGUCGGUCUAUUUCUCAUCAGCAUAGCAUGAGGACUUUAGAGGAUGUCACGGAUUUACGGAUACCUGAAGAGUUUCUCCCAAUUGACUCUUCUCAUCAGAUCGUCAUUCCUCCUUCGCCAACCACCUUCAAAAACUGGGUUGUCUCCCAAAUUUCAUGUGUUCGUGAUCUAUUCCAGAAACAGAGCUAUAUGCAGGCGCUAGUUGUAAUUGAUAAAGCCAAAGAGCAUGAGUAUAUGAAGGGGUUUAGUACCAAUCCAUCUUUGGCGUCCAACGUGACCCUUCGCCAUUUACAGGAUCUUCAUCUUGUAGAAUACUGCUGUCGUCUCGUAUGUGCGCAUGAAGCGACAAUAGGCAAUAUUGACAUUGUCGAAACAAUGACCUAUCUCAACUCGGUUUGUCUAGAGCCAAUAAAGAAGCUACAGACACGGGGAAUGACAGACUAUAGGACAACAUUUCAAUUAUCUCAUGAUCCCUUGAUUGAUUACACUCUGGCUGUUUUAACUAGGAGCUGGAACCGACUUUUUGCGGAACGAGAGAAUGAAAAUCUACCUCUUCAGGAGUUGUCAGCUGAUCAGGCUGCGUUGGCGUCAACUUCUUUACCUUUUCUUAAGGCUCUCAUAGUUCGUCGGCUCUUUCCUUCAAGCACCUCUAUUCUAGAAGAUCCCUCAGCAGUUAAUGAGCCUAGAGCAAACCCACGUAGGGCCACUCUUGAGAUUUGUCUGGCGUCUAACGAUCGAAUGAGCGCAAUGCAAUGUAUUUGGCUGUGGGAGAGACGGGAUCGAGAAGACUGGUUGUGUCUUUGGAGUCAAAUAGAAACUCGACAGUGGCUAUUCACGCAAUUUCUUCAGGACAAUAGGCCAGAUUGGGUUAUAGACUUGUUUAGGUUAGCUUCACGUGCUACAGGAAGACCUCAAUCAUGGAUCCAAGAUCUUCUCGAUAUAACGUCCUCACUAUUGCCUCCUGAAUCAUCUUUCAUCGGUAUUCGGACACUGAGAGAAAUUUUGCGGUUGUCAGAGAUGGAUGCCACUGCCUUUUCCAAAAAGAAGCAGUUUUAUAACUUGGAUUCGUGGAAGCGCCCAGAUCAAAUACGCUCGUGGUUAUCAGGACUUCAAGAGUUAACUCUUGUAUUUAGCAGCCACAAAUAUUCGACAGAAGUGCAUUUGUGGCGUGAAAUAGCAAUGACAGGCGUCCUCUUGAAUACUUUGGAAAAAGAUGAUAUCGCUCGCUCCAUCAAUCCAAUGGCUCUAAUGACCGAUGGCUUGUCCAAUUCGCUUUUACAACACCAUCUCACAAACAGUAUCCCAAGCCCGCCUUUAGAUCCUGGAGUUUAUAGCGACUCUCUGACAGAACUACUGGAAGAGAAAUCUGCCAUUGGAACGAAUACUUCGACGCUAGGUGAAGACUUUGCUUUGUUCAAGGGAUUCUCACAUCAAAACGCGGUGGAUGCGCCUUUGUUGCUUAAGCAAACCAUCCGAGACCUCAUGUCACACUGUCAGCCUGAUAAGACAUCUACUGAGUCAAUUUUGAACACCUAUAAGAUAUUUCUUCAUGAUAUUGCUCACCAUGCUGCCUUUCGACUGGGGAAUCUGGGUCUGUUAUCUCAAGUCAUGGAACUUAGGUUCCAAGCGCUAUAUGGCGAUGCGAAUUGGAAGAAAACAAUCGCUCUAGUAAGGACUGAGGGUACAAAGGUUGUUAGCCGUCAGCAUCGAGCUCAAGGCCCACACAAUUUGGAGAUGGUCGCCAUGGAUGAAGUUCGCGAGUUUGUGACGAAACACAUGGGACCUACACUUGCAAAGAUAUGCGCUUUCAAGACCAUGGCUUCAGAAUCGUCUAUGAAGAGCUGGGAUGGGCAGCUUUCGGACUGGGUUAUGGCCAUAGCCAACACUUCUGUUACUGCAGGAUCUAUGGCAACAAUCAUAAAAUGGAAAAGACCUCUUGAACCGGGCCAUCACGCCUUCAGCUGCGUUUUGACUUCGCUUUUAGACAGUCAUGAGCUUGAUUUGGCAGCUAGCCUUUACACGCAUGCCUAUGGACCCCUACACACUUGUGAAUCCAAAUCUUUGAAAAGCACGUUGCUCACAACAGGAAAGCUUAGAAUGUUGAUUCAGGCGCUCGCGACAUCAGAGAAGGAUCCUAGACACCUGGAGCAAGCGCAAUGGAUUUUUGACCGACAUUUGGAGCUCGAAAGUGCCCAGUUAGAGUCUAAAAAUGAACUCAGUCAGUGCUCAUCGGUAGACAUCCACAUCGUGACAGAGCUUGCCGGUGCCUGGUUCAGGCGUGCAGAGUUUUCCAAAGCCCGCCAUGUAAUGGAGAUUAUGUGGAAGCAAAGUAUCCAGCCCAACAUGGUCUUUUACAACACGUUACUCAAGUCACUAUUGGAUCUUACACCACAGUCAAGGGCUGGAAGACGAUCAAUGGCAAGCGGAAAGCAACACGGAAUGCGUGAUCUUGGUCGAAAUAUGAUGGUACGGCAGUUGAUAAAAUCGAAGAAUCAGGAUGUGAGUUUUCCAAGCCUUGGGUCGAAUUAUGUGCGUUCGGAACUAGACGAUGGAUGGGAUCUUUUUCAAAGCGUUAUCCAUAAAGCGUUGGAAGCACCAUCAAAAAAUGCUAUUGAACCAACUGUUGGUCUUGACGCCAUGUCUGUAGUUAAGAACCUUAUCUCUCAAUCUAGUCCUCUUUCGUCAUUUGAUGAGGGUCGGUUAGAUAUUGGUGAGAGAACAUACAAGGGUGAAUUUCGUCCUGAUGCAUAUACAUUCUCCAUUCUUCUUGGAGCAUUUGCACUAAGAGGCGAGAUCGAGCCUAUGUCCGAACUGUUUGUCGAGAUGAAACAACUCAAAAUAGAGCCGGACGCUGUAGUUUGUAGUAUUCUAGCGAACGCCUUUGCCAAAAAAGGGGAUCUCAAAGCGGUAGGUCGCGUAACUCAGGAGGCCAGGAAUCGUAACAUGGAUCCUGGAUUGUAUCUUACCAAUAUGGUCUUGGACAGCCUUGUCGAAUCAGGAGUCUCUGCCCAAAGAUUACGUGAAGCACUGGAUAGCACGAUCGCAGGAAUACAGAGACUUGAUACGGAGAUGUUGGAUCUGGAUUCCGAAAUAGAAAUACCUGUUCAUAGGCCUAGUAACAUCCAUUCUCUGCGAGGACAGCAACAGGGGCAUAACCGAAACUAUGAUCGGGGAGCGAUGCGUUCAGAACAAACUGUUGCUGUAAAUCAUGGGAUUGAUGGGGUUACUCUCACGACGUUGAUCAAAUAUCAUACCCGUCAAAACGACUUACGCUCAGCUCAGGAAAUACUCCAGCUCAUGUUUCAGGCUGGGUAUGUUCCGGAUACACGCGCGUACAUCCUUCUUUUGGCAGCAAGCAUCCGAACGCGGGAUAUCUUUUCUGGCCUGUCAACGAUACGAGCAAUGAGGACACAAACCAAGGAAUUUCCGGAUGCUAAGGCCUGGAAAGGAUUAUUACGGUGUGCUCUGGACUUGGAAACGAGCGAAUUGUUCCUAGUGCGGAAGAGGCAGCAACAGCAACAGGGACAAGACACGGUCCCGAGCUGGAUCUCCGGAUUGCUGUCCAAUCCUGAUGUCACUGAUAGCCAUGUGAUGCACUCAAGGGGUCAAUUUUUAGUCUUUGUGUUGAAAGAGCUUGAAGUUGUGCUUAAUGAGAUUAAUAGAGCUCAAAUGGAUGCUGCUUUCGAUAUGAGUAAGAUCCCGGUUGUCAUUCCAACAAAGAGACGAGUGAGCCCUGCUGCUGACUACCUUUGGAAAAUCUUAACCACAUCCUGGAUAUCAGUAGGAGAAGACCAGAACAAGAACAAAGACAUGUCGAUAGAUUCACGGCCAAAGGAUGGAGAUCAGCGUAUCUUAAAUCCUGAGGUUAAGGGCAAAAAUGGGCUCUUACGUCGUCUGUUUAAUCAUCUCCUUCGAGAGCCAAAUAGGACUAUUAAAAGCGACGAUGUCAUUCAGCAGAGUGAAGGUGAAGGUGAAAGUGACGUUGAGACCGAGGUCGGGAAGAGAAAUGGAAAUGAGCAGAAACAAAGUUCUCAAGGCCAUAAUCUCCGUGAACCCCGUCGUCAUCGUCGUUGUUGUGAUAAUCCUGAUCAGCACUGGUAUGCAGGGCUUACUGUCGAAAGUAUUGAAUCGAUUGAGCAACGUUGUGAGCAUGCCAUCUGGCUUGUGCGAUUGGUUGAAGGAUCAGGGAUUGAACUUGGAUCACAAUGGAAAUGGAGUGUAGUUGGACGAAAAAUUCGGGCGCUGACGGGACGCGAACCGGCAGCGGUCAAGAAGCAACUCAAUCGCCAUGGAUACGAUUGAUGUGGCUGUUAAUAGAUAUAUAUCGUAUGUAGUAAUUUUUUUUAAGAUAUAGCUCCGAAGCUGAGAUGUCUCUUUUGUACUUUUGUACAUCUUUUUUAUUCCUACAACUUGUACCACCAGACUAAAUAUUAAAAUAAAGGCA